GCUGACCUCCAUUUAUACAACCCUGAUCCUGACCCCGCAUUGAACUUUAAUUUAUGAUCGGCUUUUGUGCCGUUUCGUGGCUACCUUUCUACAUUGGAUCUGAACUUAAUAUAUCUUUUACUACGUGACUCACUUUCGGACAUGCCAUUCGCCCCUGUUGAUCACCACCUUACCACGGCCCUUUACCGGUACGGAAACGAGGUAGUGGAGAUGCUUCACCAAUUUUUCGAUGGUGGCCUUACCUACCGCAGUGGAGAAUGCCUCUUAAACGGUUAGACGACAUUGCACAGAUAACAGUCCGUUCUCAUCAGGCUACCGCAAGUCAUCAUCAUGUGCAUGCAGGGUGGAAACCCUUUUUCGACAUUUCAUAAACCCGUUUCUUACUCCCUCUGGUUUCUUCAUGCUUGAUAUUCUAGCAAAAUACAGUGGAAAAUCAUGACUCUCCAUGUCAAUGACGCUGAGAUGGCAAAAGCUUUGCCAGUGGCGCCAAAUGGCGUGAUCGCCAUGAUUAACACAGAAAGAUCAAUCGGAGAGAAGUCAAAGGAGUUAGACAUAUCAAGUUCAUCGCCUUCCUCAACCACGAGCCUUCAGGACCAAGCUGCGAGCUCCGACAAAGAAGAACAUGGCGCUGACAUCGAAGCCGCCCCGUCAGUACGAUCAGAAGCACCAAUAUACUCAGUGUUCACUCUUGGGCAGAAACAAUUCAUUGUUUUCAUGACAGCUCUCGCCGGUUUAUUCUCGCCACUAUCGGCCAAUAUAUAUUUUCCAGCGCUGAAUACGCUUACCGAGGACUACAAGGUUUCGGCUGCUCUGAUAAAUCUCACACUCACUACAUACAUGAUAUUCCAGGGGCUGGCACCGACUAUAUUUGGAGAUCUCGCUGAUAGUGCCGGAAGACGUCCUGCUUACGUGCUUGGUUUCAUUAUAUACAUAGGUGCCAACAUAGGCUUGGCCCUUCAGAAUUCAUUUGCGGCUCUUCUGGUCCUUCGAUGUCUCCAAAGUACUGGCUCGAGCGGAACCAUUGCCAUGGGGAGCGGUGUCGUAGCAGACAUUGCAACCAGCGCAGAACGUGGUGUUUGGAUGGGCUGGGUGACCAGUGGACCAAUGAUCGCUCCGGCUCUCGGACCUGUUCUAGGUGGUAUCUUUGCUCAAUAUCUUGGUUGGCGUUGGAUCUUCUUUUUUCUCAUCAUCCUUGCUGGAGCCUACCUCAUUCCCUUCCUUAUAACAUUUCCGGAGACAGCACAUAACGUUGUAGGCAACGGUAGCAUUCCUCCACAGGGUUGGAACAUGUCUCUCUUGAACUAUCUUCAAGUUCGCAGGGUGGCCAGAGACACAAACGAACUUGAACGAACUACAUCACGAGAGACUCUACGCCAGGCGCAAGCUCGUCUCGCUAGCAAACGGAAGCUGCGUUGGCCAAAUCCCCUGAACACGCUUAAAGUUAUCGUAGAGAAGGAUGUCUGCAUGCUUUUGAUCGUGAACUCUUUGAUAUACACAUCAUGCUACUGUAUCGUCGGCUCCACGCCAUAUCUCUUCGAGACCAUCUAUGGCUUCGACAACCUCCAGAUCGGCCUCUGCUUCCUCCCGUACGGCAUGGGCUCCCUCAUCGCCCCGCUUAUAAGUGGCCGCGCCAUGGACUGUAAUUAUCGGCGCAUAGCCGCCAAAAUUGGAUUCCCAAUCGACCGUAAACGCGGCGACGACCUUAAGAAUUUCCCAAUCGAGCGUACCCGCAUACAAGUCGCAUGGCCAUUAUUCAUCGUUGGUAACACGAUGUUCUUGGUAUACGGCUGGGUGCUCCAAGUAGAAGCGCAUCUUGCAAUCUCAUUGGUGUUGCAGUUCCUGAUGGGCAUGUGUCAGACGGGGGCGUUCAAUGUGAUGAGUGUGUUGUUGAUUGAUCUGUAUCCGCAGAGUCCAGCGACUGCCACGGCAGCUAAUAAUCUGGUACGAUGCCUUGUCGGCGCGGGUGGUGCAGCCAUUAUCAUUGAGAUGAUAGAGAAGAUGGGACGAGGGUGGUGUUUUACAUUUGUUUCGCUUGUGCUGUUUGCCACAAGCCCGAUUUUAUUGCUGCUACCGAAGUUUGGACCACAAUGGAGAGAAGCAAGACGCCUACGGAUAGAACAGAAAGAAAAAGAGGAUAACGAACAAGGGGAAAAGUAGAAGGCAUAGAAUAUCAGAAACCAUCAUGACAAAAGGAUAUAUCGUAGCGCCAAUAAGCC